UGGUUGGCUUGAAGCUCGUGCCUUUUGUCGGUCCAGGGUUGCUCCCUGCUGGUUGAUUUUGCAAGUGUUUUGUGUUUUGGUAUUUGGCGUCCAGCUGGAUGCCAAUCUACUUCAACAUGUCCACGAUGGAAAUGUUGGUCUCCUGUUCUGGCUAGUAUUUGUUUCCUGUGUACUUUGGCUCAAGAAGGAGGUCGCGCUUAGUACUCCCAAGCUGCCAUAACUGUUCUGAUAUUCGUGGCAGCAACAUCGUAAACGUCCAGGGGAAGAUGACAUUGGGGGAGUCCCCUGCAACGCCCGACUCGAGCGCGCAGCAGUCCAGUUGCUUUUCUCCGCAGGUGACCCCGCUUCAGCCGCAGCCACGGCGGGCUGUCCCCGCCCAGUUGAACUAUGGGCUGGUGCAGCUUGGCGGCACGCCGAGCUCGCCUCUCUGCGCCUCGAUGUGGGCAGGCAGCGACGACGGCGAGGCGCCCUGCGAGCAGCGAGAGCUCUGGGGCCGUGCGCCCAGCGACGCCAAGCGGGCGGCGGCCACCGUGGCCAGCUCCGUCAGCACCUCGGCGGGCCUGACCCCGAGCCCCGACGCCCAGGAGCACGCCCCCGUGAUCGGCGGUGGCGGGCGGGGGCCGACGCCGGGAGGCUCGCCGCCCCCUCCUCGGGAAGCGGCGCCCCAGGGAGCCAGGCCCACGAAGGAGGUGCAGACCCAGGGCAGGAAGAUCUUCGUGGGCGGGGUGCCCCAGGACAUGAGCGAGGAGGAUUUGCACCAGGUGUUCAGCGACUACUGGGUGAAGAAGGCGUGGCUGCAGCAGGGCCGGGCCGACGCCAACGGGCUCCGCAGGCCCUCGGCGUCGGGGCGCAGCCAUCGCGGUUUCGGUUUCGUCAUCUUCUAUGGCACGGAUGCGGUCGACCAGAUCCUGGGCACCGCCGACGCGAAGUUCAUCAGCCUGAAGGAGGGCAGGUUCGAGGGCAAGCAGAUCGAGGUGAAGCGCGCAGUGAGCAGUAACGAGAUCGUGACCGGAGGAUGGGCUGCAGACCAGCCCCAAGCGCAAUCGCGCAGACCUGCGGGACAAGCGCCACCGACUCGGUGGGCCUGGCGGCAGGCGCAGUCGGAGCGACUGGCGAAGCCAGCUGAGGCACCGCCGUCUCCGUUGCCCGACCAACAGUCGGUGCCGGCGGCCUUCCCGACUCGGCCAGCGCAGGCGUUCUGCAUGUACCGGGUGGCGUGCGGUGGCGUGCAGGCGAUGAUGCCGCAGAUGCACCAGGCCUCACACAUGCCGCAGAUUUCCACGAUGCACCAGAUGUGCCUGCCGCAGAUUCCGCAGAUGGCCCAGAUGGCGAGCGUCGCGCACGUGGCGUACUCUCAGAUGGGGCCUUGUGGCAAAGUCCAUGACUAUCCCAUCCAAGGCAUGGCCACAUGUGGCCAAGCGUGCACGGUCCAGCAGCCUAUGGCAUUGCUCCAGCAGCCGUCUCUUCUACCACAGAACCAACAUGGGAUGCCACAACAGUGCCACGUGUUGGCAGCACCAUUCCCAGCAGCAGCAGCAGCAGCAGCAGCAACAUCAUUGCCAGCCGCUGCGCCGUGAUCUUUUCCUUCGCGCACCCUCUAUGGACUCGCGGAUGGACUGAGUAGCUGUGCCGAACUCGACAUAAUAGUUGUUUCUCACACUGCGAAUUAUAGCGUACUUGAACACCUCGAAUAGCGGACGCGCGUGAGCGUGCGUCAGCGCCUGUCUUGUGGAGACAGUAUCCUUCCCCUCCCUCAGCGAUCUCCUUCUGCAGCGCACUACUGCACAAGACCGUCCUGACGACUGUUCUUUGGCGCGCAGGCGCUGGAGCCUCCGCCGGGCCCGCGUCCUCCUCCUCUUCCUUCUUCAUCAUCUUCCUCCUUCCUCCCUCCUCCCUUCUCAUCCAUUCUUCUUGCCCGUCGUCUUGCUGGACAGCAAUUUGUCGAAUUGCGCAUCCGCUUGCCUUGAAAGGCACUGCCCCAGGUUGGCUUGAGUGGGUUUCAUAUCCAUCGCCGAGCCAUGGAGAUACCAGAGACAGGGAGCGCGGCCUUGUCCCACGAGCAAGGUACUGCCGCCAUGCACGCUCCGAGGUGGCAUCAUGCUUUGCACAAAAGGCUUCGGUGAGCAGCUGUGCGCCACUCGGGAAGAUCGAGUAAUAACAUCCUCUAUCGCCCUCUCCUGCUCUUGGGUUCUUGGCCAGGCCGACCAUGCCAUAGCGCGU